UGUUGAAUGUGCGGCAACGACAGGACCACAACUGUAUGCUCGAAGACAUCCUCUCUAAUGUCGAGAGUUUGAGUCAACGGCUGAAGAAAGUCGAGUCGGAAAACAGUGAUCUCAACAAAAGGGUUGAACUCCUGGAGCAUAGGUCUCACAUGAAUGAGGAACUGGAGGAGCAGUUAGAGGCCAUUGAAAGCCGAUAUAAAGACCUGUUGACGAAGUUAUCAUCGUUUAGGCUCUCAUUGAACGAGACUUUUGACUCAAAUCUAGUCAAUGAUGAAAGGCCAGAAAAUCAGCGAAACAGCGGUCAGUUCACGAGAGAUGAGAUCAAUAGCUCGAUGAGAAGUCACCAGAGGUUAGGUCCCAUCAAAACCAUUACCGUUGAAGUGGACCACAAGAACACGACAAUUGAAUUGUGGGCUAAUAUACGGGAACCGAUCCGUAAUAUCAAGUCCCGGAUCCGGGAACAGGAGAACAUAGCCGUCGAGUGUCAGUGUCUUCUACACGACACCCAACUCCUGGACAACGACAAGACUCUCGAGGAAUAUGGCAUCAAAGCCAUGAAGUUUGUGUUAGUGAAGAGACCCAUCAAAGUGGAUGUCAUAGUAUUUUCGCAAAAUCUGAGUUUCCUUUUAGAGCCGUUCGACACAAUCAGUCAAUUGGUUGAGAAAAUACAUAAAAUAAAGGGCUUUAACGUCACUCUUAGUUAUUUGGGACAAACUCUGGACGAAAGUCGCACUUUCCAUAGCUAUAGGAUCCGGGACAGGGCUAAGCUUAAGGUGAAUGCCGUCCACUGUCAUAACGACGCCCUCCGUUGCAAUGCUGUCCACUCAUUAUAAGACGACUGUCCACAAGACUAUCAUAUUAUAUACGUUACCAUUUAACUAG